GAUGGCAUAUAAGUGAUCAGUCAUGGCUCUGAUGAUCCCUCCAGUGAAGCUCAAAUGGCUGGAACAUCUCAACAACUCUUGGAUCACAGAGGACAGCGAGUCCAUUGCCACACGAGAGGGGGUCUCGGUCCUGUACGCCAAGCUUCUCACCAACAAGGAAGUGGUGCUGCUGCCUCAGCAGGUGCUCUGCCUGAAGGGCCCCCAGCUGCCGGAUUUCGAGCGAGAGUCCCUGUCCAGCGAUGAGCAGGAACACUACCUGGACGCCCUCCUCAGCAGCCAGCUGGCACUGGCGAAAAUGGUGUGCUCAGACUCUCCGUUCGCAGCCGCCCUUCGCAAGCGGCUGCUGGUACUGCAGCGUAUCUUCUACGCACUUUCCAACAAAUACCAUGACAAAGGCAAGGUAAAGCAGCAGCAGCAUUCUCCCGAGAACAACUCUGGGUCCACCGACAUUCAUUCGGUCAGUGAGCGACCAAGGUCCAGCACAGAUGCUUUGAUAGAGAUGGGAGUACGGACUGGCCUUAGUCUGCUGUUUGCACUGUUACGACAAAGCUGGAUGAUUCCCCCUCAAGGACCGGGCCUGAACUUGUGCAACGAUGUCAUCCACACUGCCAUAGACGUCAUAAGCUCCCUGCCACCCUUAUCGCUAGCUAACGAAAGCAAAAUUCCACCUAUGGGUUUGGAUUGUUUGUCACAGGUGACAAUGUUUCUUAAAGGAGUGACUAUGCCAAAUUCUGGUGCUGAUAUACUGGGACGAAGGUUAGCUUCUGAACUGCUGCUCGGCCUCGCUGCCCAGAGAGGCUCGUUACGGUACCUUCUUGAGUGGAUAGAGAUGGCUCUAGUGGCAUCUGCCGUAGUGAGUACCAUGGAAAAAAAUAAAGUGCCCUUAAAUCAAGAGGGACUGAUCAGCUAUGACUGUUUCAUGAAUAUAUUAAUGCAGAUGAGACGAUCUUUGGGUUCUUUAGCUGACCGGAGUCAGUGGAGGGAACCCACAAGAACACCAGAUGGACUGUGCUCUUUGUAUGAGGCAGCGCUCUGUCUCUUUGAAGAGGUCUGCAGAAUGGCAUCAGACUACUCAAGAACCUGCGCCAGCCCAGACAGUAUACAGACUGGAGAUGCCCCCAUGGUGUCUGAAACUUGUGAGGUGUACGUUUGGGGCAGCAACAGUAGCCAUCAGCUGGUAGAGGGUACCCAAGAGAAAAUUCUGCAGCCCAAACUGGCUUCAAGCUUUGCUGAUGCACAGACAAUUGAAGCUGGGCAGUACUGUACAUUUGUGAUUUUUGCUGAUGGGUCUGUGAAAGCCUGUGGGAAAGGAAGCUAUGGGAGACUUGGCCUGGGAGACUCCAACAACCAGUCGACUUUGAAAAAACUGACAUUUGAACCCCACAGAGCAAUCAAAAAGGUCUCGUCCUCUAAAGGUUCAGAUGGGCACACCCUCGCUUUUACAACUGAAGGAGAGGUGUUCAGCUGGGGUGACGGUGACUAUGGAAAACUAGGACAUGGAAACAGCUCCACACAGAAGUACCCCAAACUCAUCCAGGGCACUCUGCAAGGAAAGGUGGUUGUAUGUGUGUCUGCUGGCUACAGACACAGUGCAGCUGUCACUGAAGACGGUGAGCUCUACACCUGGGGUGAAGGUGAUUUUGGAAGAUUAGGUCAUGGUGACAGUAACAGCCGUAAUAUUCCUACUCUGGUGAAAGACAUUAGCAAUGUCGGUGAAGUGUCUUGUGGCAGUUCACAUACUAUAGCUUUAUCUAAAGAUGGGCGAACAGUUUGGUCCUUUGGAGGUGGAGACAAUGGGAAACUUGGACAUGGUGAUACUAACAGAGUAUACAAACCAAAAGUUAUUGAAGCCUUACAAGGAAUGUUUAUCCGGAAAGUUUGUGCUGGAAGCCAGUCUUCACUUGUCUUGACAUCAGCUGGGCAGGUUUCUGCAUGGGGCUGUGGUGCCUGCCUUGGCUGUGGCUCUUCAGAAGCUACUGCUCUUAGACCCAAACUGAUUGAAGAAUUGGCAACAACCAGAGUAGUUGAUAUUUCAAUUGGUGAUAGUCACUGUUUGGCUUUAUCACAUGAUAAUGAGGUUUACGCCUGGGGUAAUAAUUCAAUGGGACAGUGUGGCCAGGGUAACUCGACUGGUCCCAUAACUAAACCGAAGAAGGUGAUUGGUUUGGAUGGGGUGGCAAUUCAGCAGAUUUCUGCUGGAACAUCACAUAGUCUAGCCUGGACUGCAUUACCUAGGGAUAGGCAAGUUGUAGCUUGGCAUAGACCCUACUGUGUUGACUUGGAGGAAAGCACAUUCUCACAUUUGCGUUCCUUUCUUGAACGGUACUGCGAUGGUAUCAAUAGUAACGUUCCUCCUCUCCCUUUCCCUUCAUCAAGGGAACAUCAUAAUUUCCUUAAGCUGUGUCUCAAAUUGUUGUCCAACCAUCUAUCCCUGGCUCUAGCUGGUGGAGUGGCCACUAGCAUUCUUGGUAGGCAGGCUAGGCCUCUAAGAACCCUUCUGUUUAGACUAAUGGAUUCCUCUGUGCCUGAUGAAAUUCAGGAGGCUGUUAUAGAAACCCUGUCAGUUGGAGCUACAAUGUUGCUUCCUCCACUCCGAGAGAGGAUGGAACUGCUGCAUUCACUUUUGCCACAGGGACCUGACAGAUGGGAGAGUCUAUCUAAAGGACAGAGAAUGCAGCUGGAUAUUAUACUGACAAGCCUGCAAGACCACACCCAUGUGGCAUCAUUGUUAGGCUACAGCUCCCCUACUGAUGCUUCUGAGGCAUUGUCAUCUGGUCUGGGCUUUGGAACACCAUUAGACUCACCCUACAGCUCUCCAGACAGUCACCCUGACACCCAUCUAGCUGAAAUCCUUAUGAAGACACUUCUGAGGAAUUUAGGUUUUUAUACGGAUCAAGCUUUUGGAGAGCUGGAGAAGAACAGUGACAAGUUACUUCAGAGCACAUCAUCUUCAGAAAACAGCCAGCCUGCUCACCUCCAUGAACUGCUGUGCUCUCUGCAAAAACAGCUCUUAGCUUAUUGUCACAUAAACAGUGUCACUGAGAAUUCUAGCAGUGUGGCAUUGUUACACAAACACCUUCAGCUCCUGCUACCUCAUGCUACAGAUGUCUUCUCCCGAUCUGCGACCCUUCUAAAGGAGAGCUCCUGGAACGGCAAUGUCAGAGAGAAACUCAGAGGUGUGAUCUAUGUGUCUGCAGCAGGCAGUAUGCUGUGUCAGAUCAUUAACUCACUAUUAUUGCUACCUGUAUCGGUGGCACGGCCGUUACUGAGUUACCUUUUGGAUCUGCUCCCACCUCUGGAUUGCCUCAACAGACUUCUACCAGCUGCAACACUCCUGGAAGACCAGGAACUGCAGUGGCCCCUGCAUGGAACUCUGGAGUUUGAAGACCCUGCUGGAGCUGCUCUUCCUCAGCCUGCCCAGUCGUGGGUGUGGCUGGUGGAUCUGGAGAGGACUGGAGCUCUGCUGGUGGGGCGCUGCCUGGGAGGCAUGCUUCAGGGACCUGCCACCUCGCCUGAGGAGCAAGACGCUGGCUACUGGCUGAAAACACUGCUGUUCAGUAAUGGGUUGGAGAUGGAUAUCCCACAGCUAGAUAAAUGUAUAAGUUCCUUGUUGGAAGUGGCCCUUUCUGGAAAUGAAGAGCAGAAGCCAUUUGAAUACACACUUCGUCCUGAAAUGGCGGUGCUGGUUGACCUGGCCUUGGGAUCCAACAAAGAACCCACCAAUAGCCUUUGGAUCAAUAUGCAGGAUUAUGCCAUCAGCAAAGACUGGGACAAUGCGACUCUCAGCAGCGAAUCACUUUUGGAUACAGUUUCUAGAUUUGUUCUUGCUGCUUUACUGAAACAUACAGGCCUAUUGAACCAGGCAUGUGGUGAGGGCAGAUACCAGCCCAGUAAAACAUUGGCAGAGGUGUAUCGAUGCGUCUAUAAGGUCCGUAACCGCUUACUGGCUUGUAAGAACAUGGAAUUCAUUCAGUCUUCUUCAAGGGAAAGGCAGAUGUCUGAAAAUCACGACUCGCUGGAGAUUGAUCCCCAGGAGAAUUCCUUUACACGUACCAUUGAUGAAGAGGCUGAGAUGGAGGAGCAUGCGGACAGAGAGCGGGAGGAAGGACAUCCGGAGCAAGAUGAGGAAGAAAGCGAGCACGAGGUCAUGACAGCUGGCAAAAUCUUUCAAUGUUUCCUAUCAGCCCGAGAAGUAGCCCGCAGUCGAGACCGGGAGCGAAUGAGUAGCAGCACUGGGAUUGGGAAUGGAUCCGGACCCAGAGCUGCCGAUGAUGUUCCAUCUCAGUCUCAACAGGACAGGAGGGCUAGCACAAGCCUGCCAGAGGGACAGGACCUCUACACGGCAGCCUGUAACUCCGUCAUUCACCGCUGUGCCCUGCUGAUUCUAGGGGUCAGUCGAGUGCUAGAGGAUCUGCACAGUCAACAGGAAGAUGGGCAGAUACAGCGAGCCACCACAGGCACUCAGGAGGGAGUGGGUUUCAUGACCAGGAGCGAGAGCUUGACUGCAGAGAGCCGCUCUGUUCAGGCAAGCCCAUAUUACAGGCUGAUGAAAUCAAGAAGCGAGUCUGAUCUCUCACAGCCCGAGUCUGAUGAAGAGGGAUCCGGUCUGAGUGGAAGAAGAAAUGUUGAUUUGGACUUGGCUUCCUCACAUAAGAGAAGGGUGCAUUUACUCCUUUUUGGCCAGUUGAGCCCGAGAAACAAGAAGAGCUUCAAGCAAGUACAUGAUGGACCUGUACACAGUUCUCCAGAACCUCUGACUGACACAUGGUCUAGAUUGAAACACAGCCGAGAUCGCUUGUACAACUCCUCGCAUUCGUACAGAGAAUCCGACUUUGAUCUGACCAGAUCCCUGGGAAUCCAUGCCCUUAUUGAUAACAUUGUCAGCUUUGUGAGUGGGGAUGUGGUCAACACCCCUGCUUUCAAAGAGCCAGAGGAGAGCAUGUCCACCAGUCCUCAGGGUACAAUCAUUGCAAUGGAACAGCAGCAGAACAGGGCUGAGCUUCGCCUGGAGGCUCUGCACCAGAUCCUGGUUCUGCUGUCUGGAAUGGAAGAGAAAGGCAGCCAGGCUGCAGGGGGUGUCCGGCAGGGGCCAGCGUUUCAGUCCUCCAGCUUGUUGACCUCUGUCAGACUGCAGUUCCUAGCAGGGUGCUUUGGCCUGGGAACAUUGGGAAAUGGAGGAAUAAAAGUAGAAAGUGUCCAGCUUCAUCAUUAUCAGGAUGGCAUCAGAUCUGCCAAGAGGAAUAUUCAGAUGGACAUCCAGACGGCAGUGCACAAGAUUUACCAGCAGUUGUCUGCCACCCUGGAGCGUGCCUUGCAAUCUAACAAGCAUCAUGUUGAAGCUCAACAGCGCCUCCUGUUGGUGACCGUGUUUGCACUCAGUGUUCGUUAUCAGCCAGUGGAUGUGUCUCUGGCUGUUUCAAGUGGUUUGCUCAAUGUCUUGUCACAGUUGUGUGGUACUGACACCAUGUUAGGACAGCCACUGCAGCUGCUGCAGAAGCCUGGUGUGUCCCAGCUCAGCACAGCUCUCAAAGUAGCCAGCACCAGGCUGCUUCAGAUUCUAGCCAUCACUACAGGGACGUAUGCUGAUAAACUGAGUCCCAAGGUAGUGCAGACUCUGCUGGACCUGCUGUGUAGCCAGCUGAAGAACCUGCUCUCCCAGGCUGGGGUGACACUGAUGUCUUCCUGUAGGGAGGAGGAAGAGACAAAAUCUGAUGAGAUCAGGGAAGCUGAAAAGAGGGAUUUCAGAGCACUUGUACGCAAACAGCACACAGCAGAGCUCCAUCUUGGAGAUUUCCUUGUAUUUCUGCGGAGAGUUGUGUCCUCCAAAGCUAUACAGUCUAAUAUGGCUUCCCCAAAAUGGACAGAGGUCCUGCUGAAUAUUGCUGCUCAAAAGUGCUGUUCAGGAGUCCCCCUGGUUGGAAACUUGCGAACAAGGCUGCUUGCUCUUCAUGUACUGGAAGCUGUGCUGCCUGCUUGUGAAGCUACUGUCGAAGAUCACCAGAUGACACAGGUUGUAGAACGCCUAUUCUCACUCCUUUCUGACUGCAUGUGGGAAGCACCAAUUGCUCAGGCCAAGCACACAAUUCAAGUAAAAGAAAAAGAACAAGAGAUGAAACUACAGGGUGAGGUGGAGGAGGAGGAUGAGAGCCUGCCCAUCCAGGAAUUGUCCUAUGACUCUGAGAAAGCUCAGUGCUGUGUGGUGGAGAAUGGACAGGUGCUAACUCAUGGCAGUGGAGGAAAAGGAUAUGGGCUAGCAUCCACAGGAAUCACGUCUGGAUGUUACCAGUGGAAGUUUUACAUUGUUAAAGAAAAUCGUGGUAAUGAAGGAACUUGUGUAGGAGUGUCUCGCUGGCCUGUUCACGACUUCAACCAUCGUACUACAUCAGACAUGUGGCUGUACAGAGCUUAUAGUGGUAAUCUUUACCACAAUGGAGAACAGACUCUGGCGCUGUCCAGUUUCACUCAGGGGGAUUACAUCACCUGUGUGUUAGACAUGGAAGCAAGGACAAUGUCCUUUGGGAAAAAUGGGGAGGAGCCUAAACUAGCCUUUGAAGAUGUGGAUGCAACAGAACUAUACCCUUGUGUGAUGUUCUACAGCAGUAAUCCUGGUGAAAAGGUUAAAAUCUGUGACAUGCAAAUGCGGGGCACCCCAAGAGACCUGCUGCCUGGAGAUCCUAUCUGCAGCCCAGUUGCAACUGUUUUGGCAGAGGCCACCACUCAGCUUAUUCGCAUUCUCCACCGUACAGACAGGUGGACCCACUGCAUCAACAAGAACAUGAUGGAGCGGCUCCAGGAGAUCAAAGCCUGCUUUAGGGAAGUUGGGCAGAAACUGAAAAAGAGCCGCUCGGUGCAAAGCAGGGAGGAACGAGAUGCAAAGGACGAUUUCAGAGAAGAGGAGAAGGGCAGACAUGGGAAGCACGGGCUGGCAGACCUCUCGGAGGCACAGCUGAAGACACUCUGCACCGAGGUCUGGCCUGUGCUGUCAGUAAUUGGAGGGGCAGAUGCUGGUCUCCGAGUUGGAGGGAGAUGUGUUCACAAGCAAACGGGGCGGCACGCCACACUGCUGGGAGUAGUGAAAGAGGGAAGCACUUCUGCCAAGGUUCAGUGGGAUGAGGCAGAGAUUACAAUCAGCUUCCCAACUUUUUGGUCGUCUAGUGACACCCCCCUGUACAACCUGGAGCCCUGCGAGCCGCUGCCCUUUGACGUUUCCAGAUUCCGUGGGUUGACGGCAUCUCUGCUGCUGGAUCUCACCUACCUGACUGGCAUCCACGAAGACACAGCAAAGCUAAGUGCCCGCAGGCAUGAGAAGAAACACCGACAUGAUUCAGAAGAGAAGGGAGACCUUGAGCAAAAAGCAGAGGGGGACCUCCCAAAAGAAACCAUGGAUCUGCGGGUCUCCCAAAGUUUGGAUGAGGUCAAAGCUCACAUGAGCACCAACUCAAAAUCAGAAAGCGAAAUAUCUUCAUUUUCCUUGGAACCUCAGAUUUUAGACUCCCAACACCAUCAAGCCGACGGAAAGAGGAAAGCCCAUGAACACGCGAUAAGAACUCACGAUUUGGAGCAAUCAGAAAUCCGAGCGGUUCAGCUCUCCUACCUCUAUCUUGGUGCUAUGAAAUCACUAAGUGCUCUUCUCAGCUGCAGCAAGUAUGCUGAAUUGUUACUUAUUCCCAAGGUGCUGCCAGAGAAUGGACACAACUCGGACUGUGCUAGCUCCCCUGUAAUCCAAGAGGAGGUGGAAAUGAGAGCUGCCCUCCAGUUCUUGAUGCGGCACAUGGUUAAGCGCGCCGUCAUGCGGUCCCCCAUCAAACGAGCCCUAGGGCUUGCAGAUCUGGAACGUGCUCAAGCCAUGGUUUACAAGCUGGUAGUUAACAGUCUGCUGGAAGAAAAGUUUGGGGGCAAAAUCAAGCAAGAAGUGGAUCCUGAGUCGGAGGAACCCGAUGGUGCCCAGCAGGCACAGACUCCAGUCACCACCAGUCCUUCUGCUUCCAGCACCACUUCCUUCAUGAGCAGCUCACUGGAAGAUACCACCACUGCCACUACUCCAGUGACAGACACUGAGACUGUGCCAGCCUCUGAGUCUCCUGGCGUCAUGCCACUCAGUCUGCUAAGGCAAAUGUUUUCUAGUUACCCAACUACUACUAUGAUACCCACACGUCGUGCGCAAACCCCACCUGUCUCCUCCCUGCCAACAUCCCCGUCUGACGAAAUAGGACGGAGGCAAAGCUUGACUUCCCCGGACUCCCAGCCAGCAAGGACUUCCAACCGCACUGCCUUAUCAGAUCCCAGCAGCAGAUUGUCAACUUCACCUCCUCCACCUGCCAUUGCCGUUCCUCUCUUAGAAAUGGGAUUCUCUCUUAGGCAGAUAACAAAAGCCUUGGAAGCUACUGGUGCAAGUGCAGAAGCAGAUGCUCAGAAUAUCACUGUGCUGGCCAUGUGGAUGAUUGAGCACCCUGGAACUGAGGAGGAGGAGGAGCCCCAACCCAGCGGAGGAGCUGAUUCCUGCUCAGGGGCAACUGCUUCUGGAGGUGGGGGUAAAUCCAGAGACUCCAGCUACCUGCAGUCUCCUGGAGAAAUACCGGCAGCAGACGCAGCAGAAAUGGAGGAAGGCUUUAGUGAGAGCCCAGAUGGACUAGAUCAGGGGGAGAGUGCAUCUGCUUCUAAUGGAUCUGCUGCUAGAGGCCGAUCUACUGUAACUAGAAAACAGAGGUUUGACUUGGCAGCACGGACAUUGCUAGCUCGGGCAGCAGGGCUAUACCGUUCAGUUCAAGCCCAGAGAAAUCAGAACCGAAGGGAAGGGACAUCUCUGCAGCAGGAUCCGGGAGCCCUGUAUGAUUUCAACCUGGAUGAGGAGCUGGAGAUUGACCUGGAUGAUGAAGCAAUGGAGGCCAUGUUUGGGCAGGAGCUUGCAAGUGACAGUGAUAUCCUAGGAAUGUGGAUCCCGGAGGUACUGGAUUGGCCAACAUGGCAUGUUUGUGAGUCCGAGGACAGAGACGAGGUGGUGAUCUGUGAACUCUGCGAGUCCAGUGUUGCCAGUUUUAAUCAGCACAUGAAGAAAAACCACCCAGGCUGUGGUCAGAGUGCAAACCGACAGGGCUACCGUAGUAAUGGCUCCUAUGUGGACGGCUGGUUUGGUGGGGAAUGUGGGAGUGGAAAUCCUUACUACCUUCUCUGUGGCAGCUGUAGGGAAAAAUACCUCUCCAUGAAGAGCAAGACAAAAGGGCCAGUCCUUGAAAGAUACAAAGGCCAGGCUCCAGAUCUACUUGGGAAGCAGGACAGUGUGUAUGAAGAAGACUGGGACAUGCUGGAUGUAGAUGAGGAUGAGAAGCUGACCGGGGAGGAGGAGUUUGAACUGUUGGCUGGCCCGCUCGGUCUCAGUGAGCGUCGAAUCGUACCUGAAGCAGUCCAGUUCACUGACAGUGAUCCAUUAGGAGCAUCAGUCUCCAUGGUUACAGCUACCAACAGCAUGGAGGAGACACUUCUCCAAAUAGGCUGUCACAGCUCUGUGGAGAAAAGCUUCUCUGGCAGGAUAACUCUUGGUGAGCAGGCUGCAGCCCUGAUGAAUCCCCAUGACAGAGUUGUGGCUCUGAGGAGAGUGACGGCAGCUGCCCAGGUCCUUUUGGCGAGAACAAUGGUCAUGAGGGCACUGUCUUUGCUGUCUGUCAGUGGUUCCAGCUGCAGUCUUGCUGCUGGACUGGAGUCCCUGGGUUUGACGGAUAUACGGACCCUGGUGCGGUUGAUGUGCCUGGCUGCAGCGGGUCGAGCUGGCCUGUCAACAAGCCCCAAGGCAACCAGUUCAGCAGAGCGCCCACGUGGAGGAGGCAGCAAGGCCAACAAGCCCAUGUCCUGCCUGGCAUACCUGAGUACAGCAGUGGGCUGUAUAGCUUCCAAUAGCCCAAGUGCUGCCAAACUACUAGUUCAGCUUUGCACACAGAAUUUAAUCUCGGCAGCAACGGGUAUGAAUCUAGCAGUAGUAGAUGAUCCCAUUCAGAGGAAGUUUCUGCCCAGUUUCCUGAGAGGAGUUGCAGAAGAAAAUAAGCUAGUGACCUCUCCUAACUUUGUAGUUACCCAGGCACUUGUGGCACUGCUAGCAGACAAGGGGGCUAAACUGAGACCCAGCUGCGACAAAGCAGAUCUUGAAAAGAGAGCAGGUUGUAUUGCGCAUUUGUAUGCCCAUCCUUCAUAUAAUCCUUCCGCUGUAGGCCCUCUGGAAUUGGCGAAUGCAUUGGCAGCUUGCUGCCUCUCAUCCAGGCUGUCUUCCCAGCACAGACAGUGGGCAGCUCAGCAGCUGGUGCGGACACUGGCAGCGCACGAUCGCGACAAUCAGAGCCAGCCACAGACAUUCGCGGACAUGGCUGGGGACCUGCGCAAAUGCUCCUUUAUUAAACUUGAAGCCCAUCAAAGCAGGGUUAUAACAUGUGGGUGGUGCAACAAGAAGAGUCUUUUGGCAACCAGUGGCAAUGAUGGAACGGUCCGCGUGUGGAAUGUUACCAAGAACCAGUAUACACUGCAACAGACAUGCGUCUUUAACAAAUUAGACAACACUUCGGAGGAAGGCCUGAGUAACAUUGGCUCCCCCAGUGACCCCAGCUUGUCUCUGGUUUGCUGGAGUGUCAGCGGAAAGUACCUUGCAGCAGCUAUGGAGAAAAUGGUCAAUAUCUGGCAAGUCAAUGGAGGUAAAGGAUUGCUGGAUAUCCAGCCCCACUGGGUGUCAGCCCUCACCUGGCCCGAAGAUGGCCCUAUAGCGAGCUGGGCUGGAGAGACUUUAGAAGUUUUGCUGGUGGGACGAAUAGAUGGAUCCCUUGGCCUAAUUGAAGUAGUAGAUGCCUCCACCAUGCAUCGUAUGGAGCUGGAACAUUGCUACAGAAAAGAUGUUGCUGUUAUGUCAAUUGCUUGGUAUAGUGAAGACAAACCAUUUGCAGUAGGUUAUGCUGAUGGAAAACUGCUGAUUGGCACAAAGGAGCCACUUGAAAAAGGAGCCAUUGUAGUCAUUGAUGCACACAAGGAGUCUAUCACCUGUAUGAAAUGGAACCCAGCUGGGGAAAUACUCAUGACCUGUGCCAAAGAGGAGACUGUGAAGUUAUGGGCCUGUAUGGGAGGCAACUGGAAGUGCCUGCAUGUCCUCUCCCAUCCAGCUGUGGUCAAUAGUAUUGCCUGGUGUAGUCAACCAGGCAAAAGCCCCAAGCCCCUGACUAUGUUUGCUACCUGUUGCCAGAAUGGCUUGGUUUGUGUCUGGACUGUUCCUCAGGACCCUUUCAGCUUUCCUGAAUCAAGUUCCAAUGUCUCAGAUGGGUGGUGGGAGCUGGAAACUAAAACAACUGAAAGGGACUGUUACAGAAAAGCAGAGGAUGCUAGGUGUGUGUUUCAACUGAAGGGACACAUCACUCCAGUGAAGACCGUAGCCUUCAGCCCUGAUGGGAUGGCGCUGGUAUCUGGAGGAGUUGGCGGACUCAUGAACAUCUGGUCCUUGAGGGAUGGAUCAGUACUGCAGUCGGUGGUGACAGGAUCAGGCGCUAUUCAGAAUAUAGUCUGGAUCCCUGAUGUUGGUGUAGCUGCUUGUUCUAACAGGUCAAAGGAUGUGUUGGUGGUGAACUGCACUUCAGAAUUUAUAUCUUCCAACCAUGUCCUUGCAACAUGCAGAACUGCACUGAAGAGGCAGGGAGUUGUGGGGUUGAACAUGGCACCUUGCAUGAGGGCUUUCCUUGAGAGGCUGCCAGUGAUGCUACAGGAGCAGUAUGCUUAUGAAAAGCCUCAUGUGGUAUGUGGAGACCAGCUCAUUCACAGUCCUUACAUGCAGUGUCUGGCUUCCCUGUCAGUGGGCCUUCACUUGGACCAGCUGCUGUGUAACCCGCCCGUGCCACCUCACCACCAGGACUGUCCUUCUGACUCGGCAGCCUGGAGCCCCAGUGAAUGGGCCUGGCUCGAGUGCUUCUCCACCACUGUCAAAGCUGCAGAGGCCUUAGCAAAGGGAGCUCGUUUCCCAGAAUCCUUCACUGUUCCAGACUUGGAGCCAGUACCCGAGGAUGAGUUUGCACUCCUGCUGGACAACAGUAAGUGGAUGUAUGGAAUGGAUGAACAGAUUAUGUCGUGGGCAACAUCCAGACCCGAGGAUUGGCACCUUGGUGGUAAAUGUGAUGUCUUUCUCUGGGGAGCAGGGCGUCACGGCCAGCUCGCAGAGGCCGGUAGAAAUAUUUUAGUGCCAACUUCAGCGCUGUCAUUUUCACAGGCCCAGCAUGUCAUAUGUGGCCAGAACUGCACCUUUGUGAUCCAAGCGAAUGGAACUGUGCUUGCUUGUGGGGAAGGCAGCUAUGGCAGGCUUGGACAAGGGAACUCCGAUGACCUUCAUGCACUAACUGUUAUUUCAGCAUUACAAGGUUUUGUAGUAACACAGCUGGUGACAUCCUGUGGUUCUGAUGGCCACUCCAUGGCUUUGACUGAGAGCGGAGAAGUCUUCAGCUGGGGAGAUGGAGAUUACGGGAAACUGGGUCACGGCAACAGUGACAGACAAAGACGUCCAAGGCAGAUAGAAGCACUGCAGGGAGAGGAGAUUGUGCAGAUGUCAUGUGGGUUCAAGCAUUCAGCUGUGGUUACCGCAGAUGGCAAGCUGUUCACGUUUGGAAAUGGAGACUAUGGUCGGCUGGGCUUGGGUAACACUUCCAAUAAGAAACUCCCUGAGCGAGUCACGGCACUGGAAGGCUAUCAGGUCGGACAGGUGGCCUGUGGUCUGAACCAUACCCUAGCAGUAUCGGCAGAUGGAAUGAUGAUUUGGGCUUUUGGAGAUGGAGACUACGGGAAACUUGGGUUAGGAAACUCGACAGCUAAAUCUUCUCCACAAAAAGUGGACGUGCUUUGUGGCAUUGGUAUAAAAAAAGUGGCCUGUGGCACGCAGUUCUCAGUUGCUUUAACAAAGGAUGGUCACGUCUACACAUUUGGGCAAGACCGUCUGAUUGGCUUACCGGAGGGCCGAGCACGAAACCACAACAGACCUCAGCAGGUCCCUGCACUCUCUGGCAUCUUUAUUGAGGACGUUGCCGUGGGAGCUGAACACACCCUGGUGUUGUCAUUUACUGGUGAUGUCUACGCCUGGGGGAGCAAUUCAGAGGGACAGCUGGGACUUGGCCACACAAACCACGUGAGAGAGCCGACUGUGGUGACCAUGCUCCAAGGAAAGAGCUUUCAUCAGAUCUCAGCUGGGCGCUGCCACAGUGCUGCAUGGACUGCCCCCCCAGUACCACCAAGGGCACCCGGUGCGUCCGUGCCUUUGCAGCUCGGCCUGCCCCUUUCCGUCCCCCCUCAGUACAGCAGUCUGAAGGAAGUCAGUAUAGAGACUGUGCGGGCCAGGCUGAGGCUGCUCUACCACUUCUCAGAUCUCAUGUAUUCCUCCUGGAGGUUACUGAACCUCAGCCCCAAUAGCCAGAGCUGCACUUCCCAUUACAAUGCAGGAACAUGGGGAAUAGUUCAAGGGCAGCUGAGGCCUUUACUAGCAACACGGGUUUACACUCUUCCUAUGGUACGCUCUAUUGGUAAAACCAUGGUCCAAGGCAAGAACUAUGGCCCACAGAUUACUGUGAAAAGAAUAUCUACAAGAGGCCGCAAGUGCAAGCCUAUUUUUGUGCAGAUAGCCAGACAAGUAGUAAAGCUGAAUGCUUCAGACCUCCGCCUGCCCUCUCGUGCCUGGAAAGUGAAGCUGGUUGGCGAGGGAGCGGAUGACGCAGGAGGAGUCUUUGACGACACUAUUACAGAAAUGUGCCAGGAACUUGAGACAGGUGUGGUAGACCUGCUCAUUCCAUCUCCAAAUGCCACAGCAGAAGUGGGGUACAACAGAGAUAGAUUCUUGUUCAACCCUUCGGCAUGUCUAGAUGAGCACAUUAUGCAGUUCAAGUUUCUGGGUAUUUUGAUGGGUGUUGCCAUUCGUACAAAAAAACCUUUGGACCUCCACCUGACCCCAAUGGUCUGGAAGCAGCUCUGCUGUAUCCCGCUCAUUCUGGAAGACCUGGAGGAGGUAGACUUGCUUUAUGUACAGACCCUCAACAGCAUUCUUCACAUUGAAGAUAGUGGGAUUACAGAGGAGAAUUUCCAUGAGAUGAUUCCUCUUGACUCAUUUGUGGGCCAGAGUGCUGAUGGCAAAAUGGUCCCUAUAAUUCCUGGAGGAAACAGCAUCCCACUGACCUUCUCCAACAGAAAAGAAUAUGUGGACCGUGCCAUUGAAUACAGACUUCACGAAAUGGAUCGCCUAGUGGCUGCGGUUCGGGAAGGGAUGUCCUGGAUAGUGCCAGUUCCACUGCUCUCCCUCCUCACUGCCAAGCAGCUGGAACAGAUGGUGUGUGGCAUGCCUGAGAUAUCGGUGGAGGUGUUGAAGAAAGUGGUGAGAUACCGGGAGGUAGAUGAACACCACCAGUUAGUGCAGUGGUUCUGGCAGACCCUGGAGGAAUUCUCCAAUGAGGAGAGAGUCCUGUUCAUGCGCUUCGUGUCUGGGAGGUCCCGACUGCCUGCCAACACUGCCGAUAUCUCUCAGAGGUUUCAGAUCAUGAAGGUUGACAGGCCAUAUGACAGUUUGCCUACCUCACAGACCUGCUUCUUUCAGCUGAGACUCCCACCAUAUUCCAGUCAAGCAGUCAUGGCUGAGCGCCUUCGUUAUGCUAUCAACAACUGCAGAUCUAUUGACAUGGACAAUUACAUGCUCUCCCGCAAUGUGGACAAUGCAGAAGGCUCAGAUACAGACUACUAAUGAUGCAGUGUGAACAAAAAACCUUAUUUGAAACAUGAUGCCUGGUGGAAUGUUGAAACAAGCAGAAUGUCACAGUAACAAGUAGUCUUAGAUACAGUUGGCCACGUUUUAAAAUUUUCGGUGUACUUGCAAAUGUAAUCAAUUAAAUGUUUUAUUUCACUUUGUUUUAUUAGGAGUUACACAAUCAAAUGGAGCAGUGGAUAUAUAUAUAUAUAUAUAUAUAUAUAUAUAUAUAU